AUGGCCGCGACAGCAGAUCUACGACAGCUUCUCGAGAGAUCUAGACUUCUUGCGAGCAGCAUAUCGCAUCAGACGGAUUUGCCACCAAUCGAAAGAAACUUGGAGCAGAUCGAGGCACAGUCGCGUAGACUGGCAAGUAAAGUUACGAAACCGGGCGAAGCACCUGAACGCAGAGCUCCAUAUUUUUUAGCGGGAAUUGGUAUCGAUGGAGAAAAACUUACCGAACACGUUAAAGGAAUCAAAGUACUCAACGCGUUUGAGCCACGCGAAAUAUUGGCAGAUACUGACAUCACCAGUUACUUGGAACAUAAGUACAAGCAAACAGUCACUAGUGUUAUAGCAGAUGGGCGAGAACAGACUAUGCGAGAUUAUCAGGAAAACUUUGAAAGAGCAAUACGGAUUGAUUGGGAAAGAAUGAAACGACGCGUUUUUGAAGAACUGGGACAAUACAAACCAUCACUGAGAUCAACUGGCAUUGACACAGCUAGCUACAUAGGAACUCCAUACGCCCAAAGAGUAUUAACAACUCCUGGUGGUAUGACGCCGGCCAGGGCGACUGUCGAGACCCCGACGAGAACACCAGCGACAAUAUCGAGAGAUCGUCAAUCGGUGUUGCAACGGUCUGAAUCUCGGCUUCAGGUGAAUCAGAGAAUGAUGCUAUACUACGACGUAAUACGAAGGUUGAAUGAACAUCGGUUACAAAAACGCGAUUUUGGAAUCAUUAAUUCGUUUUAUGAAGUAGCAAAGAAGAUCGGGAUCGAAUCUAAACAAAGAAUAUUGCAGGGAUGGAGGGCAUUGUCGAUGAUUGUUGGAGAGAAAAAUGUACUUGAAGGUCGAUUUCAGGGUAUCCCGUUGAAAGAGCGACAAUUUACAAAAGCGUAUAAUGCUCACCCAGAAUCUAAACUGGCUGCCAAGCUGCGCGAAGAACAUGUAACGGGGGCAAGACAUUAUUUGGAAGUGGAAUAUAACGAAUGGUGUCAGCAGUUUAUAGAACAUUAUAGGACUGAAGCACAAUUAGGUGGAGUACCGAGUGUUGUGCAUACAGCACGUGCCUUUUUACGUGCAUAUCAUCGACAGAAUGGGGGAGUUCCAACAACGUCCUUGGAUAUGUUUGAAGGAAUUCCUCUUUGGGGGCUAAUAUUCAAUUUGACAAGGCGUGGGAAGUUGGUAGAAGCUUUAAAUGUGGCAAAAAGUUUAGAAAAGUGCAUAAAUAAGAAUGAUCUUAUUUUCUUAAAGUACUUUGAUGAAUAUGUAAAUCACAAACGUCUAAGUAAGACUUCUCGAGACCAAUUAAUGGCAGAACUCAAGAAGAGAGAUUUGUUUAAACAGAUGGAGGAUCCGUAUAAAAUAGUAAUGUUUUAUUUGGUCGCGCAAGUCAAGUUUGGCAAUGCUUCUUCUCUGUCAAAAUCGGUUAUACGAACAGUAGAAGACUACCUAUGGUUCAAGCUCGCAAUAGUACGCGAACCGUCCGAAGGUCAUGGGCGUGAGUCAUCGUACGAAGUAUAUACGAUCCGCGAUUUACAGAAAGAGAUAGCUCAAGAUGAAGUUUCGGAUAACGUCAGCAUGUCAGGAAAAGAUUUUACUGAAUGUGAUGUCGAAGCCGUACAUUUUGCUAUCGCGCUGGCUUAUUAUGGUUUAUUACGAGUUCCAGAAACGCAGGAUGCUGUUUCUCUAUUUUUAGAAAAGGACGAACAGGCAUACCUCAAUUUUAACUCUUUAAUGUACUUUUAUCCGCAACGCUUUUCGCAAUCGAACCCACGCGAAGCACUUCAAUAUACUAUUCUCAUGUACUUGUAUGGAGAUACAGACAGCGAAUUUGGACGGCAGCAGAUAGACAUAAGCCAUGAUUACGUCAGGCAGCUCGUCUAUGAGAACCAGGCAUUUAGCGAAUUAAUCGGGAGUACUGUGCUAGGCACGGAGGGCGAGAUUAAGAGGUUUACGCCAUUAAUGUUCUUGAGGACAGAGUAUGACUUUAAAGAUAAAAUCAUCAAGCCUCUUGCGCGACAAUGUGAAAAUGACGGAAGAUUCAAAGCUGCUGUUAGUUUGUUCGAGUUAAUUCAGGACUAUGAGAUGAUCAUUGUAAUCUUAAAUAAAAUGCUGGGUGAAUAUAUCUAUAACAAAUUGCACAAAACAACUUUUUCAAAGGAAGACCUGGAGGAAUUGAAUCCAAUAGACAUUAAAGCUAUUUUUGAAAGAUACGAGGCACAGACUAUUAUCAGCCAUCAGGCAUAUCCAAAUCGAGUGCAAGAUUGCAGGAACUUGAUCAGGAUAACUGAUUUUAUGCUAUUAUAUGAAAACAAAGAUUAUGGCAAGGCCAUGGACUUGAUUGAGGAAGUCGAUGUUAUUCCACUAGACGGAGAUAUUAAUCGAGUUGCUCGAUGCGCAAAUCAGUUGUCGAUGUAUGAUGACGCAUUAAAAAGGAAUAUACCCGACAUUAUGUUGAUGAUUAUGCAGAAUAUGCAUGAUUAUUACGUUCAUUUGAAAACAACAGUCACUUCACACACGCUAUACAAGAACGAUGACGCGUAUCUGAAAAUGGAACAUUUACAGAGAAAAGCACGUAACCUCGUUCAUUUUGCUGGAUACGUAAAUGUCAAGGUUCCUCCGAACGUCUACAGUCAAUUGAAUACUCUGGAAGUCUCGAUGCGAUAA